AUGAACGACUUGGACUUCGACAUAUUCGACUUCGAAUUAGAGUCUUCUGAAAUAAAGGAAGGUUUUGAAUUUCAUGACAAGCCCUCCCAUGUCGAUCCUACACACUAUGACGAGCUCCUUUCGCAUCCGUCGUCUGCCUCUGCAUACUACAGUGCUUGCGACUCCGGUAUCGAUGUCGGAGAUCUCCAGGACAAUGACAUCGAACAGUCAAUGGACGAGAUUUUCCUUGUCGAUACGCAUACAUCCAAUCCACAACCUACAAGUUCCAAGCCCAGGCAAGAGCCGCCGGACUGGAGGUUGUUAAGUGAAGCAAGGUCUACCGCCGAAGACCUCUUAUCAGCGACGCCAACCGACCACUGGCUUGUAAAGGUCGAGUGCAAUAAUGAGAAUGUUACCUCUUUGCACAAAACGGAUGUGGCAGCCAUUGAUACACAACAAUCCAUUACUGACACCGCUACUCCAUCGCCUUCGUCUUUGAAUUCGCUAUGGUUCGAAUCGGACGGAGAAGCCUCAUUUGUGGCGGGCGAAGAUCCUACUGUUUUGGCGACUUUCAGUGAAUCACCAACCACAGCAAUGCUGCUAGAUGCACUUGCCAAAAUGCUCGUUGAACUCUAUCUGGGUCGAACAGGUGCGCCCAUAGAUGGUGCCGAGAGCUCUUCGCAGACAAGUCCCACGUCAAGCACGUCUAGCCAUACACAUGGAACCGCAAAUUCGAGCUCUUUCACAACGUCUCCUUCAUCAACUCACAACUCUCCGCGGAAGAGACCACCCCCAGAUGACGAAGGAGAAGGGUCGAGGCGCAGAAAAAUCCCAAAGGCAUCCGACUUAUGGCCAACGAGUACUGCAUCGAAACUCCUGGCUUGUCCAUAUUCAAAAUUUGACCCUUGCCGGUAUUCUGAACGCAAUGAGCUCGAAAAGAAAUAUCGUGGGUGUUCGAGUUGCUUUCUCACAGAUAUUGCUCGCCUGAAACAGCAUUUGUAUCGCGUCCAUCGUCGGCCUGAGAAUUACUGCCCGAUCUGCUUCUCCUCAUUAGAGUCAAAAGUGGUCUUAGAUGCUCACAUUGUAGAGAGAUCUUGCCGACGACAGCUCUGCCCAUUCGAAGAGAAGAUGACUCAGGAUCAACUGACGGCAAUCAAAAGGCGGGAAAUGGGUCGAAGUCGCUCAGACGCAUGGUUCGACAUCUAUAAGAUCCUGUUUCCGAUUUCGACGUUGCCCGUGGAUCCGUACGUUGACAGUGCGCAUGCGGAUACUGUGCAAGACUUUAUUGCCUUUUUUGUGCGCGAGGGUCGAGAAGUCCUAGCCUCGGAGAUCAACCAAAGGAUGUUCGGACCUGUGAGCACUACGCCUGGAGAGCAAGAGUUUGUGGACAGGGUCCUUGAGGAGUCGAUAAAUGUGCUGCUCCAGCGGCUUGACGCGCGGUUCAGACAACCCUCCUCGUCUAAUUCUUCGUAUCAGUUCAAUUCGGACAAUGACUUCAAUUCCGAAACCCCCUUGACGUGUUGA